AUGUUUAAAAAAAUAAAAGCAGUAUUUUCUAGAGCAAAAUUAUCACCUGAGGAAGCAGAUUGCAAGAAUGAAGCUGUCCCUCCACCACCCAAGGCACCUACAGGCCAGGGUGAAAACAAAAAAACAGAUGAACCACAGAAAGCAGAGGCCAAUAAGAAAGCUGAACCCGAACCAAAGCAACAAGAUACAGUACCAGUAAAAGCACCUGAGCCUCCAGAAACUGAAAAACCAACUGAACCAGAUAAGACAAUUCAACAGGAACAGCAUCAGCUCAAUGAUGGGAAUGAAGAUGCUAAAACACAGAAGCCAACACCUUCAGGUUUCCAAACAAAUGAGUAUGCUGAUGCCCAACUUCAACAGAUUGUCAGAAAAAUGCGCGAAAGGGCAACAGUCUAUAAGGAAAAGCUGAAAGACCCUCUGCUGUCUUCCCCUGAGGGCAGUCCUACAGCUUCACCAUCAAAGAAGAAGCCUCCACCCCCACCAAAAGAAGAAAAAAAAGAAGAAAAGAAAGAGGAUGCAGAAGCAAAGCCAGAGGAGGAUCAUUACUGUGACAUGCUGUGCUGCAAAUUCAAAAAACCUCCACUGAAGAAAUACAUGGAGUAUCUGCGGCUACCAGACAGCAUAGACUCAUACACAGAUCGCCGUUACGUAGCAUGGCUCAUGCUUGUGACAGUCGCCUAUAAUUGGAAUUGCUGGUUUAUUCCCCUUCGCUUUGUGUUUCCAUAUCAAACCCCAAGUAAUAUAAUAUAUUGGUUUACCAUAGACUUCAUUUGUGAUAUCUGCUACCUGUGUGACUUACUGAUUUUCCAGCCCCGCGUGCAAUUUUUAAAAGGUGGAGAUAUAAUAACAGACAGAGUGGAAAUGAAGAAAUUCUACCACAGCUCUAUGAAGUUUCGGCUCGAUGUGUUAUCAAUAUUGCCAUUUGAAGUUUUAUACUUUUUCUUCGGAUUUAACCCAGCAUUUAGAGCAAAUAGGAUGCUAAAGCAUAACACAUUCUUUGAGUUCAAUGAUCGUUUGGAAGCUAUCCUGGACAAAGCAUACAUAUACAGGGUCAUUCGAACAACUGGAUACUUGCUGUUUAUCUUGCACAUUAAUGCAUGCAUCUAUUACUGGGCUUCAGACUACGAAGGACUUGGCAGCACUAGAUGGGUGUACAAUGGCAAAGGAAACAUGUAUCUGAGGUGUUACUACUGGGCGGUUCGUACUUUAAUCACCAUCGGUGGCCUUCCAGAACCACAAACUCUGUUUGAGAUAGUUUUUCAACUGCUGAAUUUUUUCCUGGGUGUCUUUGUCUUCUCCAGCUUAAUUGGUCAGAUGAGAGAUGUAAUUGGAGCAGCUACAGCAGGACAGAACUACUACCGUUCCUGUAUGGACAACACUGUCUCCUAUAUGAACACUUACUCUAUUCCAAGAAUUGUCCAAAAUCGUGUUCGGACCUGGUAUGAAUACACGUGGGACUCUCAGGGAAUGCUGGAUGAAUCAGAAUUACUGGAGCAGAUGCCAACCAAAAUGCAAUUAGCCAUUGCAAUUGAUGUGAACUUUGCCAUUGUCAAUAAAGUUGACUUAUUCAAAGGGUGCGAUACCCAGAUGAUAUAUGACAUGCUGCUAAGGUUGAAAUCCAUUGUGUAUUUACCUGGUGACUAUGUCUGCAAAAAGGGAGAGAUCGGCAGAGAGAUGUACAUCAUCAAACAGGGUGAAGUUCAAGUCCUUGGAGGCCCCGAUGGUACAAAAGUUCUGGUUACACUCAGAGCAGGAGCUGUAUUUGGGGAGAUCAGCCUAUUAGCCGCGGGCGGAGGAAAUCGAAGGACUGCCAACGUGGUGGCUCACGGUUUUGCCAACCUUUUCACUCUGGACAAGAAAACACUCAAUGAAAUCUUGGUGCACUAUCCUGACUCAGAAAAACUCCUCAUGAAGAAAGCAAGGGUGCUGCUGAAGGAGAAGGGGAAACCUGCUCCAGGACCACCAGCGCAACAACCACGGGGCUUGGCCGAUCUGUUUGGGCAGAAAAAGGAAACUCCAAAAUUGUUUAAAGUGAUGCUUGGAGGUAAAGGAAAAGAAGGCCUUGCUAAGCUGCUGAAGAUGAAGAGAGAACAAGACAUUCAGGAAACUCAAGCUGAAGCAGAGAACAAGCCUGAACCAGAGCAGAAGAAACCCGUGGAGCCCACGGCAUCAUCUGUGCCCCCUGCACAAAAGGAAGAGCCGACUGCAGACACUAAGCCUAAACCACCUGCAGUUAUGCACAGAGGAACCACUAACGAGUCUCUGAUCAUUAGUAUGUCUCCAUCCCCCAGAGCAGGAGAAGGAGAGAUCCUUAAAGUUGAAGCUAAAGAGAAAACACAGAAAUAGAUGGUGCUUUGGGCUGUGGCCACAUCUAUUGCUGAAUUCAGAGGGCUAGUGUGACUUUGCUUUUGGGUACAGAAGAUUAAAAGCAGACACUACUCAAGAGAAAAGUCUACCCCCAGCUCCUCCUCUUCUCCUGAGGCAACCAGACAAAUUACUUAUAUACUUACCUCUUAACCUUGAGCCUGAGGAGACAACUUCUGGUGUAAUAGAAAUUAGAGCUCAGACUGUAUUUCAGGACCGCUUGCUUCUUGUUCGAUCCAUGCUCCCCCUUCUCUCUUACUCUGUUCUGUUUCUGCUUCUCUUCUUCCCUCUCCUGUUUAUCCUCGCUUUCUUAUUGCUGUUCCUGUUGCUCAGUUUGCUCUUAGUUUUUGUAUGUGUUCUUUUCUAUUUCCUUUUCUGGUUUCCCAUAAUUAUCCUUUUUCUUGUUACUGCCCUACUGUUUCUGAGGUUACUUAUGUUUCUCUCCAUCCUUCUCUCUCCUCCCCUUGUACUUCUAAUCAGUGACGUGCUUUUGUGACCAGCAUGGCUCAGCACAGAAAGCUGCGAUGCUGCGCAUUGGGAUGUUUUAGCUUGGGACCAAGGGCUAUGAAACAAAACCAUUGUCAAAAAGGUAAAAAUCACAGAAUACACAAAGGGGAAGCAGAUAGCAGAAUUACUGCCAGUCUUUUGAGAGCACGAGCACCUGCUCUAGUUGUCUUCGACCCUGGUGAAUAAACAUGGCAAAGACUUAGAUAUUUUCCCCCUCCCAGGGGCAACCUUCAACUCUGGGCUGCCACUUUACGCAAGGGGCUGGGCAUUCAUAAUGCUCUCUGAAGAGCAAACAGUUGAUACUGGCUAAAGUUUUGAAGAAUCUUGGUAUCUAAACUAGCCACUUCAAAAAUAAAGGUUAUUUUACAAAAAGCAAGAUUUACACUUUCUGGCAUAGUUUUAACCAAUGGUCCAUUUGUUCACCUCCAUCGUAGACCUCGUUGGAUGGUGCAAAGUGAGGGCUGAGCUACAUGGUAGGUCUGAUCUAAAGCAAACAGAGGGCUACAGCUGUUGAACAAGGAGCUCCCACACUGUCAACCUUCUGCAUUGACUCAUCACAGAAAGGGAUGCAAUAUUAAACAAAAAGGCUGAAGCUGUGUUUUAAGCUUAAUUAUCAAAUACUUUUUUCUCUUCCACGGGUUUGCGUCUCCUCUCUCUCCCUACCCACUUUCAGUCCCCACUGGAUGACAGUUUUGGGAACUAAAACCAUUACACAGAGGCCAAGCCAAGAAAACAUAAGGGCAGGCUUCACAGCUCCUCAGCUGACCGGCCAACCAAGGCACCACACCAAAAUUAAACAAUUCACUUUGCAGUAUCUGCUCUAUAUGAUCCUGCGGGCUAUGCAUUCUGUAGGCCUCUUCUUUAAAGCCUUUGAACUUCUCCAGUCACAGGCAAAGCUGGCAGCCUAGCCAGAAUCACUAGGAGCUUUGCCUGAGUGAAAGCUAGAUGACCGAUUCCAUAUGUUGUAUAUUCCACACAUCCUCCACGACCAAAUUUCUUUCAAAAACAAAGUUCUGUGGCAUUAGCAGUGAGGUCAAGGUCCAACUGUUACAUAGGAAGAACGAUCUUGAUUUGUGUGUUACUUGUUAUUUGAUACGUAAGAAAAAAAGGAUGUCACAACAGAGGUAGAAAAUGAUAAGAUGCAUCAUAAAGAUUUGUUCAUCUAUUGCACAGCCAGGAAUGUCUCAAUACAAUCUCCAAAUUAGAAAUAUUGCAGAACUGCUUCACAAGUGAAGUCUUCUGUGAAUAAUGAUGAUCUAUGAAUUGCCGACAUAAAUGGUAUCAGGUAACUUCAAACAUUUUCACUGUUGGCAUACUUAAGCUCAUCAGUCACUUGCUGACGUACGUUAGAAAGCAAGGGCCGAGCCUGCAGCAGCACGCAUUACACUGCAGCAAUGCAGCAUCCCACGAGUUGCUGCUUCGCUACAGCUCUUAAGAGCUCGGGAUUGCAGGAAAGGCUUCUGUUCUGUCUGCAAAAUUACCAAGUUAUGCCCAGCUCUUGAGUUCCUUAGACCCAAAACAAAAGAGGAAAAAUGUCAGUGUUUGUUGAAGAUUGUGGCCACGCAGAAGUAAUAUCCCUGUGGUUUUCUCUGACAUCCUACUUUUCUGUUGUUGGAGUAUUUCACCCUUCCCAGAAUUUGUCCAUUUUUAAGGGUGGGCAGGAGCAAGAAGGGUCCAAGAAGCCAAGCUGCAACCAUUCAUAGGGUUUUUCCAUCAGAAGGAACACCACAAGAAAGGUCAAGAUGUAAGACGUAUGAAAUCCUUUCAGGAACUAAUUCUGCCCUGUGGAUUCCUGACUGGUGAAGUCAAGUGAAUUACUCUAGAACACUUAGAAGACACUAAUUCCAGUAUCAAAACUCACUCACAUGCUGCGUGGCAUCGCACUCUGCUGCAAUGCUUUCUCUCUGGUACCUCUGUUUCCCAAUAAAGCAUCUCAGACUCGACUGCACUUGAAUGCAAAGAAACUGAAGGGUGGCACAGGACAACGUAUUGUCCUGCUAAAACUAAAAAUACCAAAAAAAACCCUAUAAAUAACCAAAUCUCCAGGCCUCUCUACUUAAAAUGUAGAUGCUGAAGAAGGCUGGGAAAACCUGAUAAUAAUUGUAUGAAAUAGCAUGUAAGGAGAACUCUAAUGUGGCAAAGAGCAUGGAACAGUCACUGGUAAAACAUCCAAUUUCAGAAUAUCUUCCUGCUAAAAGCCAGCAUGAGAUGCUUUAUGAAAUAUACUCUGCACAUUCAGAACCACC